AUGUCAGAUCGCCAAGACCCUGCGAUUUCUGCUGAACUUAAGGAAUGGCUUUUCUCAACUAUCGCAGAGUCCAUUCCUAAGGCUCUGGCAGCCUACCAUGAACGUAAUCCAGAGGUACACCCCUCUACACAACAGCCCUCUGAUUCUGAGGACUCCCAUAUCUCCGACCAAGAUAACGCCCCGCGCAAGAGACCCUGGAAAGGGAAUAGCGCUACUGCGGGCAAGGGCAAAGCUCCUGCUAAGGUCGUUAAACACUCUAAUCCAUACGUUUCGCAGGAUGCUACAGACCCUCUAGAGGGUUCUACUUCACGUUUAUCUGGCCAUAUUCUAAGUGACUAUGACCCCAAUUACUCUGAUGAGGAUCCCAUGGUGAAUGUGCCCCAGGAUUCCUCAACAUCGAAGUUCGUGAAAGAAACCUUCCUAAGUCAAGAUCACAAGAGUAAGGUACCUGACUCAGACACCCUCCUGGAUGCUUCAGGCCUUCCCCUUUUUGACCCAAGGGUGAUACGCCACCCGUGCUCAGCAGAAUGGGCUCCCCCAGAUCAUAUUGCUAAUUUCUGUAAACUGUGGCUUCGCAAGCCCCUCGAAAAAGAAAUCAGAAACAAACUAAGGGCUGAAUGCCCGAGACCAACUAUCCCAGGCAAAGUUGCCUCUACUCCUGAAUUUGACCCCAUGCUGGUCACCUAUUUAACAAAAUCUGGUAAAGACCCUCGUAAGGGUAUUGAACAGGGUUUGAAAGCAACCCAAGACAAAUUAUUGGACAUUUCAGGUCCUAUCAUACAAAUAUUUAUACUCGCAGAUGAGGCACUCACCAGCGGUGAAUUAGACCCGCAUAUUAUAAGAGAAUGGGCACAGAGAGCCCUUUGCCUUCUGGGCAACGCCAAUACGGCUAUUUCAAUUGAGAGACGCAAAGCGGCACUGUACAAAAUCGAUGCAAACUAGUGGAUUUGAGCACUAAAGAACUAGGCCCAGAGGCCGAUGGUCUUCUAUUUGGUAACAGUUUCAUGCGAGACCUCUCCAAGCAUGUCUCAGUUUUUACCACACUCAAUAAAGCCCAGUCCUCCCUACGUAGGGUGUUCCGUCCCACUACUCAAAAUCGUUUUUCUGGGAGAGCUGGUCGCUCAAGGGGCCGAGCUACCAGUAGAGCAGCCUUUACAGGCUACAGGCCCCGACCCACAGAGUAUUGGUCCACGGGAUACUCACGACCCUACCACAGGCAGCUGUUCAGCACCAGAGGCUCAAUUCGAGGACGUGGCUCUGCAUCCCUGCGCGGACGCACUGCUUCAGGUAA